AUUACUCGCAACUACAAAUGUUGCUGAAGAAACUUUUAGAAAGUAGGUUGUCUCGCCCUUAUUCUAGCUGCGACACAAAGGAACCUUGAACUCGAGGCGACAUCUACGACCACAAUAUAAUAGACAAGCAUGAAUGAUGGAGGGGGAAAAAUCAAAAGAAAAUGAAAAUCAAAUUCUUCUAGCGUUUUUUUCUGGGAGUAGAAAAAGAAAAAGCAAAUUGUGAUGUGUAAUUGAAACAAAAAGAUGGGAACCAACUCGUUCUGAGAAAGAGACCAGUACAUUAUGAUUAUCGUGUAAGUUGUGAGUAGUUUUGAAAUUUGCUAUUGCUUCUCAUUUUUUAUCAACAUGAACUGUGACUGUCUUUAUUGAUUCGUCAUCAUUCUCCGUGGCAAAGAACACAAAAUGAAAUGUACAUUAGCACCAAAGUGUGUGAUGGUGACCAUGAUUUAUGAAUUUUAUACCUUCAUCGAUUUCGAUACCACCUAAACGCCGUGCUGUCGAUUUUCCUUUUCUGAAGUGAAGCCUUCGCCUUCCGUCGAACACCAACCACUCCGGAAUUACUGACGAGAAAGCGCGGCCGCAAGGAACCAAGAUGACGUCUCUAGACGUGGAUAUGACCGCGGGCCCGCUGGUCGCUGGCGAGCAACUCUCCGAAGACAUCAAGUCGGUGUUGCGGAAACAGUUUGCAAUCGGUGUGGUGAUAGGACCGUCAGCUAGCGGAAAAACAAGGAAGCUAAUCGCGAUGAAGAGGUAUCUACGGGAGGUCAACGGCUUGAAUGUGGAAUCGCAGCAGAACGUCGGCGAGUCAGCUAGUGGAACAGCCUGGUUUGGGCGCAGGGAAAACGCGGAAAAGGCAAUAAUAGACCAUCCCCAAUUGUCCAUGGACAACUUGGGAUCGGUGGGCUUGAAUAAGGUACGAAUGUCGAUUCUUGUUUAUCGUGACUAUGUAUGAUUUUUGCUUCAAUAGAGAAUGCUACUGCGCGUUUUUGUUUUCAUGCUUGCUUCAUGGCAAUAGCAGUAUCAUUGACAUGCGCAGUGGUUUUGUGGAGACGUCAAGAAAGCACUUCCGCGAUGGAUAUGCUAAUGCUUCUGAUCUUCGAACAAAAAUAACUAUCCCAGAUACCGAGUUGGUGUCGACCCUACUCCGCGUUGUCGAACGGGGAACAAAGCAGAGCACGACUCGCGGCGGAUGUCAAGAGCUUCAUGGUGGUCGACGAUUUCGCCGCCGUCGUCGAGCCCAACUCCGCGGCCUCCAUGGCGUCGUCGUUCGGGAAACUGGUGCGGACGCAGAACCUCCAGGGCGUGUUGGUCGCCACGACAAAGCCGGAGGCCGUCGCGUUCCUGCAGCCAGAGUGGGUAGUCCUUGCGGACUCCGGUGAGGUGAUUCGCCGCCCCACUGAUCAACCUUGCCGUCCGGUGCUGACCUUUUCGGCGCCCGGGAUGCAGAUCUUCGACCGCGAGUACAGGUAUAUCAACCCACAGGGAUACUGGGCGACGAGGAAAGCGUGGACCGGCGAGCAGCCUGCGGACGAAGCGAAUGACCUCGAUGCGGAUGAGGGACUUGUGAAGAAGCUCGGGAGAAAGCUGAUACGUCCGGGCGCAACAUUACAAAAAGAGUAUCCCCGCAAAUGAUGAGCACGCUCGUGUAGUUCUGUGCUUCAGCUAAUUCGACUGUCACACCACAGCAACGCACGGAGGUGUCAUGUUAGAUCAUGUCCUCGUUGCCAAGCCGUAAUCUAUGAUUAUGAAUUUGAUGAUGAUGGACAUGAGUUGAUGAAUCCGCUAGUAGCUGCAGGUGUGCAAGAGCAUAUUUUUUGUUUUGUUAUCACGCCUACACUAGCGCGCUGACUUUCUCUUUUGGAUAAGCGGCUGACGAGAAGAAUUCCUAUGAGUGACAAGGUGUACGAUGCGGCGCAUGCCUUCGAUUUCGAAUUCGAUGGCGAAAGCACGACCUCGGUCCACAUGGUGAACCCCCGCCAUCGCGUGUUCACGGGCGUAGUGGAUCCGAAGCCCCCCGGGCAGCCGACAUACAGCGCAAAAAUCGGCUACAUAGUCGGGCCCUCGGGCAGCGGGAAGACGACGGCAAUGCGCCAAAUCCUUGCCAUUCCGCAGGUGGAAGGAGGUCCGGAGGCGCCAGUAAUUCUCUCGGACUUGGCGGACCUGGAGGAAUUGCAGGGCAGUGCUGCCACAGCAACAGCUGCACCCGUCUCGGAUCUCUUCGCGGACAGUGAUGCACCCGAAGGGCCGAAGUUGACACAGCUGCCGGCCGAGACUCUUGGGAGGACGUACGUCGAGCUAUCUAUACAUUGCAAAUUUUUCUGGGUCUGGAAACUUGUGUUGCCUAUACCCGCACUGCAGGGUAGGGGUAGCCGUUUGCACAGCAAUCAUCAGCGUAUUACAAGUUUAUUUUAUUCGAUGUUGAUUCUUAAUGCAGAUUCAUUCGUGAUUGUCAAUCGCUAUCGCAUGUUGACAGACUGACUUGCAGCACGACAAAAAGGGAAACGCGCUGGGCGAUUUGUAUUCGUGCGUCACAGAACUCGCUGUCCACCUUGAAAACUUGCAUGACAAGAAAUCCACACCCAGACAUAUUUGAAAUGCAUACUCUCUACGACGGAGCAGCAGCGAGUUCAGAUAGCACUGCUUCUCGUCAAAGCAUCGUGGGCACCAGGAAGCGAGGUCAUAGUGUGCGUCGACGAGUUUACGUCCAGCAUGGACAGGAUAGCGGCAGCGAAGUUUUCGGACAACCUGCAGAAGGUCCUGCGAACGGACAACCGCUACAGCAAGGUGCGGCUCAUCGUCGCGGGGCUUUUCACCGAUACCCUGGGCACAUUGAAACCCAAUUGGGCCUUGCACUCGCUGACCGGGAAAGUCAGCAUAUUAGCGGUGGAGCCGCAACAGAUGAAAUCGCGGGACCCGCCGACGCCGGUACGGGCCGGGAACAUGAGCGCCGCGGCUGCUGGUGGAUUUGCGCCAGGAAACAACAACGGCAGCAGCUCUUCUUCUUCCUCCCUCACCACCACGGACGUCGAGGGCCUUUUCUCUCCGGUCCAGAUUGGGUUCGAGCUUCGCCGGAUGGAAAACAAGGAAGUCGGCCAAUCCGCCUGGGACAGCGCAUUUAAAAACCACCACUACCUGUCCGGCAAGUUGGCCAACAAUGGACAUUUUUUUCUCCUCCGCGUCGCCUCCCGCAAAGCCCACCCGCUGCUGCAGUGUCUGCGUGAGGAGACGGCGGCCGGGUUCUUGUGUACUUCCGUACUAGUCGGCAACGCGUCGGAGUUUUUGAUGCAGGAGCAGAGGUUGGUGGUGCUCCCCGAGUUCCAGGGGUACGGUAUUGGCCCACGUGUGUCGGAACUCGCGGGCAAGCAACACCUACUGAACGACCUCCGCUACAACUCCGUCACCGCCCACCCCCGACUCGGGCCAGCACGCGACACGAAGAUGGUCCGUGAUGUCAGGACCGGGCUACAGCACCUGGUCUGGUGUCCAAAUACCAACAACGGAAAGCCGGUGGCGGGUAACAUCGGCGGGAAGCUCACCGAGAAAAAGCUGCAGGAACAAGUAAACAACGCGAAGACGGCCGAGAAACGCGCGCUGGCGCAGCAGAAAUUGGACGAGGAGCGAGCCAGGAAUCAGACAGUGAAGAAAAGAGACAUCAAGCAGCUAGAGCAGAGGUUACUCAAUGCCAAGACGUCCGCUGCGCGCUUGCAGAUUCAGGCUGAGCUGGACGAGGCGAUGAAAAACAAAGCCAAGGUCCGCGUUUGCAGCAGGCACCACUUCGUGGGCGAUGAUAAGGAGCUCUACGACGAAGUCGCUGCGAAAUACUCUGCAUAUAUGGACCAGAAACGUGAGAAAAGGGGAGGGGGACUGCCAGCACCACUUCCGCCAUCUGUCCCGACGCUCUCGAGAGCCCAGCGGGAUUUGGGCGGGCGCGCCGUCAGCGAGCCUGUGAAGUUCCUACCCGCGACAUCAUCUGCUAGUUCCUCGUCUUCCUCGAAACUUCCUCUGCAGCAACAGGAGUCUUCCGUUCCAGCUCUUCCAUUACCGUUUGGAGACGUGGUGACAAAGAGCAUCAGCGCCCCUGCACCGGUGCGAGGUACGUCAACUCUAGACCAAGCGAACCGGCAUCGACAGCUGCACACGGGGAUAAUAAAUCAAGCAGACAAAGACAAAAUCGCAUUUGAUGUCGAUACCAAGAAGGACGAUGAGAGCUAUUUGGUGGACGAAAACUGGAAUCCAUUUGACGACAUGGAGAUCGAAGUUGGUAAUUUAGAUUUGAACAAAAACACCACCACCGGUGCGACUUCUACUCUUGGCGCAGGAAGCGGUGGCAGCUCGACGACGUCGUUUUCUGCGAGCAAGCAGCCCUCCACAUCAUUUGGCGGAAUUCUCGCAGGCCCGGCUGGCGCGUCCAGCUCUUCGUCAUCGUCUUCAUCCAGCAGUAGCACGAACAACAAGCCGGCUUUGACAGCUACUGACGGCGAUAUGGAUAAGAAUAUGAACCAAUUCCACGCACUAUGGGAGCAAGAAAAACAACAGAACAUCGCGAUGCUGCUGGAGAUUUUUCAAGAGCAGGACAUUUCUCCCGAAGAUGCAGAACAGUCUCUCGAGGAUCACAACUGGGAGCUCCAGCGGGCGGUGGACACCAUUACCGAAGACAACGAGUCCCAGGAGCGGGAUCUGGAAAAUUGGCGCGAAAGUCAGUCGCAGUCAUUGCAGAUGAUGGUCACCGAAAGUCAGGAGCAAAGGAACAACGACAUUUGCAUCAUCAGCGCCAGCAACCGCCGUGCGAGUACAGGGAACAGUCUUGUUGUGCCUGGAGUAGUAAAAAAUGAGCGGGAGGUCAUCGACUUACUCUCGGACUCGGAGGUGGAAAUGGACGAGGAGGACAAGCAAGUCACGAUCCUUACAACGGUAUCCAGGAAAAAACACCCGUCCACAUCGAAUUUGUCAUGCAAAACAUGCAUAAAAUUCUGUGUUUGUCAUGCAAAAAAUGGAUGUGGAUGGGUUUUUUUCUGUGGAUUAACGGAUUCGGAUGCCGAUAAGCAAGGAGAAAGCGCUGUUGGUGCAGCUCUACCGCCCCCGAUGAAGCUUGCGGCAGCGAGUGAUCGGGGCAGGAGCGACAGUAGCGACCAGCCAGGAAAAAUGAAUUUUGGCGAUGGUGCAACGAGGAGUGCCGCGCCCACAAGCGAUCCGUUCCGAAGCAGCAGCUUGUUGUACAAGGCCGCCUCUCCAGUGAUGUCGCAUGGCUUGUCUUCAUCGAGUACGAAUCGUCCCUUCGGCUACCCAGGGAAUACGCAGCAAACUACUGACGAUUUCGCUUUCGGCGAGCUUGCGAAUCCGCAUGCUCGGUUGCGGAAAGAGGAGCAACUCCUGCCAAGUCAGAAUGUGAGUGGGAACAUUUUCAACCAAAAUCAAAACCACGCCGCAGCUUUGUCUUCCUCGGCAAGUAGUAGAGCGCUCCCUGCUUCAAGUAAUUCUGUUGCAGCAAUAAACCAUUUGCUCUUGGAAGAUGAGCAGACGUGGGUGGCAAAUCUUUCGGAGACUGAACAGGCUCAGAUCAGCCAAAUUCAGUCGACGUUGGAUGACGGGAAAGGAUGGCCCACGACGAGACAAAUUCAUGAGGCGUUAGUGCUCUUUGAGUACAAUGAUGAGGGUGUGACCAAUUACCUGUUGGAGGAGCGAAACCAAAAUCAAUCACAGCAGAGCCAGGGCUCCGCGCGUGCCAGUCCACCGGCCAAACGGGCGCGGCACUGGUGACAGAGGCGGAGCAAAUGACGAAAGUGAAACUGUAGAGGUGAUCCUUCCUUUAUUCUUGUGUAGAAGCUCAGCUUGUUAUUGUUUGAUAGGCAGUACGUAGAGACGCGGCAGCCAUGUGAAUUCACCGUAAGACUUCAAGUAGAGCGCUCAGGUUUAAUGUGAUGAGGCAGAAUGUGUUUAACGAUCCGAGCCCGGUAUGUGCGCAAUUUUUUUCAUUUUCAAGUCCAUUGUGUUUCAUAACAUGUGUGUACUUGGGUGACGAACAGAAAUAGUGCGUCGCUUCGGUAGUUAUCAUGUUGACAAGAGCAAGCUACUGUGGCGUGUGCUAGCUGCUUGUAUCAACAUGGUGGACUCCUGUGUCUCUCCCGUACCGUACAGAAACUGUAGACAGAAAAUAAAACGAGAUUUCAAAAAAUAAGCGACUACGACACUUUAUUCCACCAAUCGUCGAGAAGUUAGGUCUGCACAAGGAGCAGCAUGGUCUCAUCUUUAAACUGUUUGUCCCUCACAUUCUACUUUUUUCAAGCGGUCUUGUAGUUCGGUUCCUGCGAACUCACACUUGUCGAGUAUCGUCUCCAUUGUCAACAAUUGCAGAACUGCAAAAGAGUUGAGUUUUGACUUCCGUCAACAAGACAACCAGUAAUCAAAUCUUCAAGUUACAUUUUGCGAACAAAAAGUAUUCAAUUUGGAUCACCCUAGUACCCCUUGUAUUGCCUACCACAACGACAUCAACCAAGGCAAGGCGGAUUGAUGACCCUAUUUUAGCAGAGCUACGUCUCUGCUUUUCCGAGCGAAUUCACACGACGAACCCCUACCCUCUGAGCUAAGAUUCAGAAAUAACCUGUGAUUCGAUGAUAUCAGGUUCCCUGGCGACAAAAACAGAAGCAAGAGC